AGAGGCCGAACUCGGGUUCUGACAAGAUGGCCGGGCUGCUCCGCAGAAUCAUCAAGGAAACCCAGCGUUUGCUGGCAGAACCAGUUUCUGGCAUCAAAGUAGAACCAGAUGAGAGCAACCCCCGUUAUUUUCAUGUGGUCACUGCUGGCCCUCAAGAUUCCCCCUUUGAGGGAGGGACUUUUAAACUUGAGCUAUUCCUUCCUGAAGAAUACCCAAUGGCAGCCCCUAAAGUAUGUUUUAUGACCAAAAUUUAUUAUCCUAUUGUAGACAAGUUGGGAAGAAUAUAUUUAGAUAUUUUGAAAGAUAAGUGGACAGUUCUGCUACCGAUCCAGGCCUUGUUAAGUGCUCCCAAUCCAGAUGAUCCAUUAGCAAAUGAUGUAGUGGAGCAGUGGAAGACCAACGAAGCCCAAGCCAUAGAAAUAGCUAGAGCAUGGACUAGGCUAUAUGCCAUGAAUAAUAUUUAAAUUGAUCCGAUCAUCAAGUGUGCAUCACUUCUCCUGUUCUGCCAAGACUUCCUCCUUUUUGUCUGCAUUUAAUGGACACAGUCUUAGAAAUAUUACAGAAUAAAAAAGCCUAGACAUCUUCAGUCCUUUGGUGAUUAAAUGCACAUUAGCAAAUC